AUGGCCGCUUCCUAUCGACCGCCUCCAGCGUCAGCACUAGAUCUCAAUCUCACCGUUGUCUCCGCCAAGCAUCUAAAAAACGUCAACUGGCGAAACGGCGAUCUCAAACCCUACGCUGUCUUUUGGGUCGAUCCAGACCGCCGUCUGUCUACCCGCUCGGAUGAUUCCGGAUCAACCCAACCGGUAUGGAACGAGCGGUUCACCCUUCCUCUUACCGUCUCUCUCCAAGACACCGUUUUAACCCUCGAGAUUUUCCACUCCGAGCCAUCGGAAACCCCGAAGCCGUUAGUCGGCACUCUCCGGCUCGAACUCAAAGAAUUAUCCAAACCGGAUGACCGUUUGAAGAUUCGGACCUUUUCUCUCCUCCGACCCUCGGGUCGUCCGCAAGGCAAGAUUCGGGUGAAACUCGGGAUCCGCGAACGUCCCCUUCCUCCACCGCCUGAUUACCAUUAUGCCCCUUCCAGCUAUUAUUACACAAAUACCCCUCCACCACCCCAUCCGCCAAGAUACCCUGCUUCGCCCUACGUGUCUCUUCCGCAAACGCCGCCGUACUCCUCCAUCGCGGAUGCUUAUCCUCCUAAUUUCUCCAGCCACUACUAUCCAUCUCCGCUGCCGCCUAUGCCUCCGCGUCCUUUCUUGGAGCGAUCUUACAGCUACGGCGGUCCAUCAGCUCCGUUAGAUUACUCUCCGAAUGAUUAUAGACCUAGAGGAGUCUCUAGGCUCGGGACUGGAUUAGCUGUUGGAGCGGCUGCGGCGUCUUUAGGUGGCCUGACGUUAGAAGGAGGAGUGAGAUUCGAAGAAGAAAAGAUUGGUCAAAGAGUGGAGCACGACGUGUCAUCAAGGGGGAGGGAUGAUUAUAGUGAUUAUCGUCAUCCGGAUUAUUGA